CGCUCGCACCACAAACACCGCGGUGUAGGUGACAGUGACAAGUGUUUUGACAGCUUCCUCCAGUAUCUGCAGUUCCUUUAUCUCGGUCUUUUUGCAUUGGUUGAUUCAGUUUGUGGCCAAGACUCGCGGCUUCUAUUCACAUACAAGUACACAUCCAAAUCCAACCAAGAAACAACAAAACAAGACACGAAAAUGGCGGCAACAGAAAUUAUGAUUAUAGUGAUGAUGACAGUGAUAAUGGGCGUGGCAGAGAGCAUCCCCAUGCCAACAUCUAUGGAUCACGGUUUCCCUGACGCCCGCACCACCACCCACGCCCGCCACGGCCACCUCCUGCACGGGAUGUUGGGCGACCUGGAGUCCUAUGUGUUUGAUGAUGUGGUGGAGUUCUUGUUCCAGCAGCUGGGAGAGGAGCUGCCCCAAGCAAGGAGCGGCUACAACAAACCUCACCACAACGACGGCGGAGACUACUACCCCUUGCCGUCAGAAUACCCCAAGCGCAAGGGCACUGACCAGUCUUGCAUAGCCAUCACAGGAUACAUAGACAGCAGCAUCAUUUGCCUCAACAUCUUCACCGCUCUGUCCAUCGCUGGCCUGGCUCUCCUAACACAAUUUCUAUUCUAUGCGUGUGUGUCUAACCUCUGCCCGGAGGUUAUGAAUCAAAUAACUAGUAAUGGUACUAGCGGUGGCGGAGCAACUAACAUCACUAACAUCAUCACUAUUGACACUUCUAACGAUGUGUCAGUAGAACAGAAUGACAACAUUGACAUCUUUCCUCCCUUCUUUCUUAGGAACAGGGACGAUUUAGUGGAGGAAAAUGGGGAAAGGAGUGACCUGGACGUGGAUGCAAAUCUGGGUAAGGAUGGCCGCAGGAAUGAUCUUCGUAGUAGGGAAGUUAGGAAUGAGCAAAGCAAAAAAGGAAACAGUAGAUUUAAGGUGACUAUAAAUGGUGUAGAGCAAGAGGAUGUGAAUGGGGAUGGGGUGUACAUGCAUGAAGGAAGGGAGGUACUGAGGAAACAAACGCAGGAACAUAAUAAGGAAGAAGCAGAAGGGAAGACACUAGACCAGGAUGACACACAGGGACCAGAAGACAAGGAAGGAGGAAGGAGCUUCACUAUGCAUAUCUCGCAGGACAGUCUCAUAGGAAGACUCUUGUCGUGGGGCAACUGGGGCCUCUCCUUGCCUUCCCUGCGGUACAACACAAACAUCUGUCCCAUGCUGGGUCGCUAUGUACAAAGCUAAGAAGUCUACAUCUACGAAACUUAAAAAAAAAAUAUUUAAAAAAAAAUUAAGAAUGUGGACGAUAAGUGGACAUGAGUAGGUUUUAUGGUGGGACUGCCACGUACAGGUCUGCUGGCUUCUUGCAGCUUUCCUUACUUUCUUCUGCUUUUACGUUCUCUUUUUACCAACACAAGAACACAUAUUUGUGAGCAUCUCAAAAAUAACUGUAGUUUUACGAUACCAGAGAGAUUGAUUGAUGCAAGAGAACAAGAGUUACUAGGAAGAGGAAUGCUAAUCAGCAUAGGCCCGUUUACUAAUCAAUAUCAUCACCAUCUUUGUUGUUGUAUAAUUAUAUAUAAUGACAUUUUUAACGCCACCACAAUCGCUACAACACUGACAGUACACGUAUGACCAAGAGUUGAAUCUGUGGACUUGUUUAGCAACUAUUUGCAGUGGACAAUAUAACAAACAACUCUAUUGACGACUAUGUAGUAUUUAUUAAUCAUUUAUGUAUUUAUUGAUACGUUUAUAUUAUAUUGGUUAGGUAAGGUAUGUAU